AUGGCUAUAACAGUAUAUGAUCGCUCACCCAAUCCUUCUGCUCGCUCGCAUGGAUCUGUUGAAGUACUUGUUCGAAAAACCAGCACUAACGGGCAGGAUCGCAAAAUGGCAGCUAUUGCUUUCAGAACCUUCUUCCCUAACGAAGACAUCCUCCAGAUUGAGGAAGAAGAAGAAAGAAAGGCAGGAGAAUGGACACUCUUCUUUGAUGGAGCUGCAAACUCAAAAGGGAGUGGAGUAGUCACCAUAAUCUACUCUCCCAAUGACGUCCCAAUCCCCAUAUCCAGGCGAUUGGCAUUCCAAUGCACCAACAAUGUAGCUGAAUAUGAAGCAUGCAUCGCCGGUCUAAGAGAAGCCGUCAUCCUCAACGUAAAGAAGUUACGAGUCUUCGGAGACUCACAACUCAUCAUCAAUCAGAUAAAUGACGAUUGGAAGACUAAAGAUCAAAAGCUGAUCCCAUAUUAUGUCUACCUAGAAAAUUUAAUCGAGGAAUUCAACAAAAUCACAUUCUCUUACAUGCCCCGAGUCAAGAACCAAUUUGUAGACGCUCUGGCUACCUCGCUUCAAUGUUAG